GUGGUUUGAACUGAAAAAUGGGGGUCAUACGGAUAACGACAUAUUAUCCGGAAUUUCAAGGUUGAGGGUGUGUGUGUUGUGGGCAUUCAAAUUCAAAAUGGAAGCAGCUGUCCUGAAGCUUGGGCACCCGCUGGAAGAGAUCCGCCUGCGGUCCUUACGAAGCAUCCACACGAAGAUCACCAUGGGAUUGUGGCCGCAUCCCCAUAAACUGCCUGUGAAGAUCCAACAUCUGCUCAUGGAACUGCUUCCAUCCCUUGCACCCGACUACUCGCCAGCCCAAGACAUCUUGACCCAGUUGCAAGCUGUCAACACGACACCCCAUUCCACUGAAACAAAGUGUGCCCUCAACGCUCCUCGUACACCUGCACCUCGUGUAGCUCCCACCGAUCGACCCAUGGGCGGCAAGUCCAUCGAAGCGACCGUCGCUCCGCCUCGGCCAGAUGUCCCAUCUAGCGUCCAAUCCGGGUGGACGUUUUCUCAUGUCCAGCUGUGUGAUGCAGACGACCAGCUACUAUUUGAGUUCGAAGUGAAGCUGAAAAUGCACGGCAAUACGAAGGAAGGCCUUCGCCUGUUCAUAGAGUUUGGCGAGACGGUGCUGCGCGACUUCCCCGCUGAAGUGUUCCUGCAACGCCCGGCCAUUCUGCAGUACCUGCUGCAUCUGUUACAGCUUCCCCUGAUCGAACUCAACCAGCCCCCACCAUCCACAUCAUCGUCUUCGUCGUCACCUUGCUUUGGUGAAGUGUUCUUCGGGUACACAUCCGCGCGGAACAAUCGACGGCGCCAUCCCGACAGCGCGCUCUUCUUUGUGCUUUUGGGGCUGCUUGAGGAUCUCGUUGCUGGCCUUUCCAAGAGCUUUCAACUGCACAUGGACGCGUCCUACCACUCGCAAGUCGUCAUAUCCCUUUCUCGGUCGAAACCACCACCACCACUGUCGUCAUCGCACCCUCUGCCGUCCUACCCCUGUGCUGGCCAUCCUCGUCGCGAUCAUGGCGGCAUCGCUUGGUCGUACAGUGGCGCCAUGUGCCAUGUUUUCAAAGCCGUGGCUUCGCUGCUGACCCGCCCGUUGGUGCCGCGUCUGCACGUCCUCGGCCUGUUGCUGCCGCUCAUCGACAGCUUGCGCGACGUGUCGGCCGCGACCGACGCCAUCGACUCGUUUGAGUCGGAUCGACUGGCAGAGUGCUUUGCGGUGCUUAUGGACGCCCUCGAUAAUUCCACGAGUCCCGACGACCACCCAUCUGCCACCACUGUAUACUACUAUACGUGGCAAGUGCUGGUGCAAAUGCUCACAUCUAUGGGCACGUCCAACCUGGUGCUACCUCCUCGCCUACUGCAAACAGUGCAGAACGUUGUGUUUGACCAAGCACUGUAUGAAGUAGCUCCGUCUUAUCGGCACAAAUUGCUGCCUAUAGUCGUCGGUGUGAACCCCCACAUCGAGAACUUACUCGAGCAGCACAUUGCCACGAUGGAUAUCGUCAAGAAUUGGCCAGCGUUCGUCCACCACGUCGACCAAGUCGUUGAAAAUGACCAAGAUGUUGAGGACAAUCAACUCCCCCAACAAGCCCUGGCGAUUCUCUCCGUGCUCGACCACGUCCGCCCCAUCGACGCCAGCCUCGCCGUGCUGACCGCCGCCGCCAAAACGCUGCGCCUUGUCACAGACGACGACAAGUUGUUCACAAACUUGCUCUCGGCGUUGCUGUUGGCCCGCCACGGCGCGAAAACGUCGUCGCAUUUUCAAGACGUGGCCAUAUCCUUGGAGGCGUCAAGAAGCCCCGCCGCCGUCUUCGUUCCCGCUUCCAUCGUCGUGUGCGUAUGCCGCCUCCUAGUAGACACCCUCCCCCCCCAACUCGACUCGCUGUGGCGUAUAUUGAAACAUGUGCUGCCAUCCGCAGACCAGUCGGCGGUGCCCUUCCUGCAGCACUGGGCGUACGCUGAUACCCCGCAGUCGCCCGCCCAUCAACACAUGCAAUCCGUGCUCGCGGCCAAGCUGCGCGACAUGCAAGGGGACUUUGCCCAGAGUGUGGUCGGGAUGGCCAGGUGCUUACUGCACACGUCCGAGUUUGUGCGGCGGUCGGCGUCCGUGGGCCUCGCGUCGGCCCUAGUCGACGACUGUUGUUCGUACGUGGAGCAGCGGGAUUGGAUGGUCCAGCCAGAGUUUACCCCGGGCGACCCGUUUCACGACCUCCUCACUCCUCUACGGCACCAUGUCGCCACGUUCAAGCUCCCAUGGCAUGAUCAUCCAUCACCGCCUUCGACUCUACCGCCACUACAUCAGAACAACCAGCAGAACGUUGUCGGAAACGUCCGCAAGUUGAUUGCGAUCCUCCAGUCGCCGUCGCUCGAGUGGACGAUCAAAGAGUCGGCGCUCCAUCAAAUGAUUCAAACCGUGGAUCGACUUGUGACAUCUUCCUCCUGUGACGACGUCGUGGUCGUGGUGCCGUGCUUGAUCGAUGCGGUCGUGCCGUUUCUGGCCCAUUCCAACGCCAAGUUUCAUCUGCUGCCACUGGUACUAGUGCGAGAUCUAUUGAGUGUAUCCCCCGACGUCCGCCAGCUAGUCCGGUCCAACCACAACAACAUCCUGCAUGUCCUCUUGCCGUUCGUGUACUCACCACAGACCGAUGUACGCGCAUGUGCGUACUUUGUCGUGCUGGUUCUCACCUGUGCGCCCGAAGUAUGGGGCGAGUCGCCGCUAUGGAUGCACCUCCCGUCCAUGAUCACAUCGACCUUUGGCUUGCAUGCGGCUACGCUAUGGCCAUCCAUCAAAGUACCCUCAACACCUACUACUACUCCCAUAUCGACCACCCCAUCAUGUUAUGAUGACGACAACAGAGAAGUCCACGUCCUCCACCACUCCCCUCGAGACUUUGUGGCCGCAGCCAUCGACGCCGUGAACGCCGCCACUUCCCAUCGACAGUACCUCCACGCAAUGUAUCAGUUGACUUGUUUGGCGCGGGUGGACGCUUCUGUCGUGGGCAGCGCCAUCUCGACGCAGUUCGAGUCCAAGGCGCGGUUCCUGCAGUGUCUGCACACGAUUCCCACGAGUUGGCGCGACCAAGUGGUGCUCGCGUCGCUCUUCCACGUCCUCGCGCUUGUCGUCCACCACAUGGACAUGUCCGCGUUGAUGUACAUUUUGAUUGCGAUCAAAUCGAACGCGAUCCUGCCCUUGUUUACCCGUCAUCCCACACAUCAACAACAGUACGGCGGCGGGCUCCACGUCAAAGUCCUCAUGCUGCUGCUGUCGAUGGCCCGUUGCAAGGACAAGGGCUUGGUUGAGUUUAUAGCGGCGUUGGUACUCGACACUGCCCUGCACGACCACCUCCGAGCUGUGUUUAUCCUCGGAGAUGACCGCCCGGCGCAAGUGCUGAGUCUCCAGCUAUUCGAGUCCGUCACGUCUCAGUCGUCCAUGCUAAGUCCAUGGAGUACGAAUGAGUUGGCGCCGACGCUUGGUCAACUCGUGGGUGGUGGGGAGUCUUCGUGUAUCGUGUACUCGAGCGCCUCGUUUGGCGGCAAACACGUCGUGAUGUGGGCUCUGUCGUGCCUACUGACCACCCACUCGUCGUUUUCAACAGCCAUGUCCGCCAAUCGGUUCGUGUUCGACCGCGAUGCCCGCGUCCGCGCCAUGGGGUUCCGCCUCCUCCUCCUGAAUGACCCGGCGUUCAUAACGCUGGCCAAAGACGCGGUGGUCGACUCGACCGAGUGCGCCGCCGUCCGAGUCCAAGCGGCGCAUUACCUCGUACGUCAACAUGUUCAAGAUGCCGACUUCGCUGCCAAAGUGGCGGCGGCGCUGACGGACCAAAAACAGCGGACUUCCUUCUUUCUCUCGCCCGAGUUUGUGCUGGUUUGCGCUCGACUGGUGCCGCCAGCCAUUUCUACGACUGAGCUGCUCAAGUUUACGUCGUUGGGGUAUCACCGUGAAAUGUACCGACGAGCGUGUGAAGUGGUCACUGGCAUUUCCAUGUCGGAGACGCGGCAAAGCAAGAAAAUAAUCGCAGUAGCGUUUCAGAACACGUGGCAGACUGUGCAUCAAGGACGUGCGAUCCAAUGCAUUGGAGAGAUUCUGACAGGACUCGACCCAGUGAAUUCGACGCUCCUUCCGCACCUGCAUGAGAUUUACGCCUUGACCGACGACUCCAUCGAGUACGUCCACUUGUUGGGGGCGGCCAUGCGCGUUUUGUGCCGAUUGCUGGAUCAACUGUCCACUAUCGACCAAGUUGAAGAACUCACGCUCGUAACCAAACUCGUGGAGAUGGUGCACACGGAUCGUUCAUUGCUGCCAGCGUGCCACGUCAUACACUGUCUGUCGAAGCACUCGACGUGGAAGCGCGUGGUCCAGAACGCGCAAGGAGAGGCCAUUGCCGACGCACUCAUGGCGAUCGUAGCUGACAAGCCCAGCAACCAUGUACCGCAAGUGGCGUUGGCUCUGCAGAGUCUGUUUGAAGCCCACGAAAGCCGCUUUAUCGAUCGAGCAAUGGACACUGGAUUCGUACGCCAUUGCUUGACGCAGUUAACUAGUCAUUUGUCGUUAACGACGGACGAAAUCGCAUUAUAUUGCAACUUGCUGCGAUCGUUAUUGGGCCACCACGUCCAAGCCAAGCAACUUGCACAAAGGUUCAACCUGCCUGGCAUGUUGUCGUCCAUGUGGCCUCGGAUGAUAAAGCAUCAAUCCGACCCGAAUCUCGUGGAAACGUGGUUGCACUUGCUCAACAACUACGUGUACAACGACCAAUCAGCUAAACAAUCCGUCGUUGGCAGUAGUAGUACUCCCCCCUCUCCAUUGAGUUGCUUGAAGCAGUUACUCGACCACGCGACAUCAGUAGCCACGACGACGAUAUCCCAUGCUCGGUUGACAUUCUCCGUGUUAAGGUCCGUGUUACUCAACCCCGACUGCGUCUUGGCGUGCAUCAAGUAUGGGUACGUUGCCAAGUUGAUGGGCAUCGUCGGAACCCUCGUGUACAAACAUCAAAAGAACAAGCGAAACAAUCCAUGCGACAGCGUUGUUGCUCACGUUGUCGCAGUGGUUGCAAACGUCUCGUUCUCGCCGGAUGGACGUGCGGAAAUCUGCCGGUACGGGGCACUAAAAGACGUGCUGACCGACCUCUUGGCCACGCCGUCGUUGGCACUGCCGACUGCAUUGUUGCUGCGAAACUUGACGUUCACGUCGAUCGCCAAGGCCCAGUUUGUGCAGUGGAAACCCAUCAUGGCGUCGUUGCUGGUGUUCUUGAGCCACGAGAAUCCGUUCGUGAGCAACUUUGCCAGCACGGCCGUGUGGUCGCUGCUGCACAACAACCAAAAAGCCACGACCCACGUCGUCGAGUUGGAUUGGUCGACCCAUGUGACUGAUGCCACUGUGUAUUUAACCCAAGCCCUUGCGCAAACCAGCAACGAGAGUGACCGCGUGCUCCUCUCGCAAGCCCAAGCCAACUUGGAGCGCAUCUCGCAGCUGAUUGAAUGCAAUAACGCUGACAAAGAUGACCAAUUGAAACCUCUGGACCGACUGGCCAUCUCACUCAACACCAAGUGUGUUCGCCGCGACUCUACCAAGAACGAACUGUCCCGUAGCAACUAGAAACUAAUGUUAAUUUAAUCUACAAUUCGAGUCCAA